AUGGGCAAAAAAGUUUUACAAGAAGUUAAACUUAAGACUAAUAUCGAAGCGGCGGUGGAUACAGAACGCGGGUGCAACCAUGGUGCUUGGGCAGCUCUUAAGAUAGCAUUUCUCGAGCCAAAAGAUAUACCAAUGGUUCAAGUGUCAUUUACUCGUAACGCAUCAUAUGAACCUCAUAUUAGACGAGGAAAGAGCAAAAUUGAUCGAAUUGACAAAUCAUCCACUUUUGAUCCAACAGACGAACAUCUUGUCCCUCUUCACAUUAUGGCCGGUGGCUGGCUGGCUAGGAAGAUUUAUCAAGAGAUGAUUUCUGGGAUGAG